CUAGGCACCAAAGCCUAUAGGCAUACUCGCCAGCUCUCUACGCGCCUAGGGAGACCUUUAAGAGUCGCUCAAAGUAAUAUUCAAGGCGUACUCCGGGCGCCGCAAGAGGUACGAUUACAGCCUAUUACGGCGCAACUCAAGAUUCAUAAUAUAUCACUCUCUGUACGUCAGUUUCAACGGAAACUUAAGGAGCACUUAAAACAA